UGUGAAGUUGCGAGCCCCCACAAUCAUAAAUGAUUGUAAUAAAAGCUAUAAUAUAAGUGACAACUUAAGCCACCAAAGAGCUUAUUCCAACCUAUUUUUCUUUACCUCCAUCAAUGGAAGAAUCCCAGGUAGUUAAGCUCUAUGGCUUUUGGCCAAGCCCUUAUGUGUAUAGAGUGAUAUGGGCACUGAAGCUGAAGGGUAUAGAGUAUGAGUACAUAGAAGAGAACCUCCCCAGCAGAAGUCCAUCCCUUCUGGAGUACAAUCCAGUUCACAAGAAGGUCCCCGUGCUCGUUCACGGAGGGAAGCCGGUGGCCGAGUCCAUGGUGAUCCUCGAGUAUAUUGAAGAAACAUGGCCGGAUCAGCGGAACCCCUUGCUUCCCUCAGAUCCUUAUGAGAGAGCCACAGCUCGUUUUUGGAUCAAUUUUGGACAGCAGAAGCCUCACGGUUUUCGCGUUGUUUCGAUCUACUGAAGAGGAUAAGGAGAAGACAGCAGCACAAGUAAUGGAAGCACUUAAGAUCAUUGAGGAUCAGGCGCUGGGAGAUAAGAAAUUCUUUGGUGGGAAUAGAAUUGGACUAGUGGACUUGUCGUUUGGGUGGCUUGCACAUUGGUUUGGAGCAAUGCAAGAAACCGUGGGGGUUCAGGCUCUUGAACCGAACAAUCUGCCUAGAUUGCAUAGAUGGACAAAGCAUUUCAAACAAGAACCUGUGAUUAAGGAAAAUCUUCCUGACACCAAAGCAUUGUUGGCUCACUUC